AUGGCUGCCAAGAUCCGUGUCGGUCUCGUGGGCUUCGGUACAGGCUCCAGCGUGUUUCACGCGCCGCUGCUCAUGAGCUCGGGCCAGUUCGAGCUCACACACGUGUUGGAGCGCUCGACUAGCAAGAGCCAGGUGCUGUCACCCGCACCUAAGACCGUGCGCUCCAUGGAGGAGCUACUGGCCACGGACGUGCAGCUCGUAGUGAUCUCCACGCCCACGACCGUGCACUUCGAGCAGGCUAAACAGGCCAUGGAAGCCAAGCGCCACGUGGUGGUGGACAAGCCGCUGUGCGUCACGGCACAGCAAGCCGAUAACCUGUGCGGUAUCGCCAAGGCUAACGGCGUGCUUUUUUCGAUUUUCCACAACCGCCGCUUCGACAGCGACUUCCUCACUCUACGAGGCUUGAUCGAGGACGGUACGCUCGGAGAAGUGCAAAAGUUCGAGGCCCACUACGACCGCUACCGUCCCAGCAUGAAAGGCUACUGGAAGGAGAAGGCUGGUCUCUGUGGAGGCGUGCUUUACGAUCUGGGUGCUCACGUGACGGACCAAGCGCUGCAGCUCUUUGGUGAGCCCGAUUCGGUCGUGUCCGACGUGCAGAUCCAGCGUGAAGGAGCCGAGAACGACGACUACUUCCGUCUCGAGUUCAAAUACAACAAGUUUUCGAAACGGGAGGUGAUCCUGACCGCCGGGAUGCUCGUCAAGAACCCAGGCCCUAAGUACACUGUUGUGGGCACCAAGGGAACAUUUGUGAAGUACGGCGAGGACGGACAGGAGGACGCCCUGCGUGCUGGAAAGCGUCCUGACGAUGAAGGCUGGGGCCAGGAGCCUCAAAGCACCUACGGCAAGUUCACGGACGCUGCUACGGGCGAGACUCGCGUCGUUCCUAGCAAACUCGGCUCGUAUGAAGUGUACUACAAGAACAUUGCAGCUGCUAUCCGUGGAGAGGAGAAGCUGCUGGUGAACCCGGAGGAGGUGAUUCCGCAGAUUCGCAUCAUCGAAGAAGCCAAGAAGACCGAGCGCGUGAACCGCAUUACUGUGUAAAUGCUGAUUUAUUGUGUUACCGGUAAUCGAUCUGGGGCUGCUAGUUUUCAGAGAA